CACAGAACUGCGCCAGCAGUCCGCAGCCUGUGAGUUUUUAUGCUGAGUGAGGGUCAGGCAGUGAAAGGGUUUCUUUCAUUUUCCAUUCACAUUGCCUGCGCUGUUUUGAUAUUGCUGGUUUUGAUGAUGAUGAUGAUGAUGAUGAUGAUGAAGACGGGAGCGAGGCAUCUCACUAAGGUUUAAAUUUUGGGUAAAUUGUGCGGCAGCUGGAGGAGACAUUGCGCGUGUGCACAUAGAGAAGGGGACUAUACACAGGAGCAGGAAGAUGGCGGAAUGCGCAAUAGAAACAGCUGGGGAAAGCAGACCAGAAGUGAUGGUGCAACCCAGAGUAGAGGAGAGAAAGCUCCAGAUGAACGGCCAUGCCUCCCCGGUGCGUCUACCUGCCAACGGCAGCACCAGCAGCAGCAGCAGCAGCAGCAGCCCUGCUGAUAAACCAACUUUAGAAGGAUUUUUAAAAACAGAUGACAGGAUGCGGUUAGCCAAAGAAAGAAGAGAAGAGCGGGAAAAAACUCUUGUGGCCCGGGAACAGCAGAUCCAGCAGAAGGAGAAGCGAGCGCAGCUGCAGUACGAGAGGCAGAUGGAGGAGCGCUGGCGCAGGCUGGAGGAGCAGAGGCAGAAGGAGGAGCUGCGUAGGGCUGCGGUCGAGGAGAAGAGGAGGCAGAGGCUUGAGGAGGAGAAGGAGCGGCUGGAGGCUAUGAUGCGCCGGUCCCUGGAGCGUAGUCAGCAGCUGGAGCAGAGACCCAAGCGCUGGUCCUGGGGUGGAGGCAACGGGGGAGUCAGAGAGGGUGACUCUGAAACCCCCCCACCUCCUCCUCUAGGUCUGCCCUCCAGCAGCCUCCUCCCUCCAGACCCUGUGAUCUCUGCAGCUGGGGCCCAGGCCCACAAUGCGACUGACAAACGUUCAGCUUCCACCAUGAAUCUGCCCAAGCAUUUGGAGUCGCCAAUCAGUAAGCGCCUGUCCCACUCCUCCGCGACAAUUACCCAUUCUCCUGACAGAGCUCAUCGCUUGCACCUUAGCCCUUUGGAAAACCUACUUGUUAAGCGUCUUUUGACCCCGACGCAGUCUUCGUUAGCCAGGUGCAGAAGUACCACGGCUCUGUAUUGUGCAGAGCACUCAGCGUUGCAUGUCUGUCCUCGUGUAGCUCCGUCCAGCCCGCUCAAGUCUCCCUACAAAGCCUCGCCCAGCCGGAAGAAGAACGCCUCCACCUCCCCCAAGUCUCCCGAGGAAUCUGGAGGGGCAGCAGCAGCUCCUGACAUGCUGAAGACUGAGAAGCUGAAGAAGGAAAAGAGACUCACCUCCCCUGUGCUGGCCUCUCCACUCCACAGACCAGAGUCACCUGCCACUGUAUCCAAGAGGUCGUCUUCACCGGCAACACCCAAGUCUGUUUCAAAGACCCGCGCCCACUCUCCCAGCACUGUGAAACAGUACCCCCCCUCUCCCAUGAAGCAGCGCGCCUCCGUGAGCACGCACCCAGAGAGCGCCAAGAAGAAGGCAGAGCGAGAGAAAGGGGAUGGAGCAGCAGCCCAGGACAGACGGGCCGAGGAGGCCAGAGGCACAGAGAAACCCGACAGAAAAAUGACAAAGUCUGAGAGCAGCGACAUCGGCGCCAGUGAGGCUUCUCCAGUUACCCCCACUGGGAAAACCAUCGCUGGGACCACAGACGCAGAGGAAGCCAGCAAGCUGCUGGCCGAGCGGAGACGCCAGGCUCGCCUUCAGAAAGAACGAGAGGAGCAGGAGAAACGGGAGCAGGAGGAGGCAGAGAGGGUGAAGGCGGAGGAGCUGCGCAGGAAGAUGGCGGAGGAGCGAGCGCGGCAGGAGGAAGCGGCUCGCCAGGCCGAGGAGGAGCGGAGGCAGGAGGAGGAGAGGAGACAGAAGAGGGAAGAGGAGGAGAGACUGAGGAGGGAGCAGCAGGACAGGGAGAUGCAGGCUCAGCUGGAGAGAGAGAGGGAAGAGGCUGAGCUGAAGGCCCAGGAGGCAGCCGAGCGUUUCCGGCAGGAGAGAGAGCAGCUCAAGCUGCAGGUGGAGCAGGAGAGGCUGCAGAGGAAGAAGAGGAUCGAAGAGAUUAUGAAGAGAACAAGAAAGAGUGACAUUUGCGACACAAAGCAGAAGACUGAAGAGCAGCCGGCUGUGGAGCUCCUCAAACCGGUCCAGACUGUGAUCCCUGAAGAGCAAGUCAAUGGACAGAUCACGAGCGAGGAGCAGAAGACUUCAGAGGAAUGUGUCUCGGAAACCUCUUAUUCUGAAAUGACUUUCAAAGAACUGAACCCAGUCCCUCCUCUGAUUAACCUUAACCCCAUCGUGGUGAAAUCUCCAAGCCUCUACGAUUGCACCGACGAGGUCCAGUCCAUGGAUGUCAGCCCCGUGUCCAAGGAGGAGCUGAUCUCAAUCCCAGAGUUCUCUCCCAUCAACGAGAUCCAUCACAUCGGGAUGAGCAACGCCAAGGCCAUCGAGGACCUGCUGGACCUCACCGGACACAUGGCAUACCCCAUGACCACCAGCGAGACCCUGGCUCUAGGGGACCUCAAUAAGAACCUCAUCGAAGGCUUCUGCAGUUCAGGGCAGGACAGCCAGCUCAUCGAAUCCUUAGCACAGUCCAUCGACAAAGCCUCUCUCCAAUAGCCAGAGUUCCUGAGCACUUGCACCAUGCUGCUUCAGGCAGACCUCCGAGCUGUGGCGUAGUCUGAAGGCCGUGUCAUCUAAAGAAGCUUCCUCCCCUCCCUUCUGUGCUCCUCAUACACUGCAGCAGAGCACCAUUGCUGAAUGUACGUUUUAUUUUCCUCUGAAACGGUGCCCUGCUGAAUGUGCUAAUGUGGGUGGAGCUCCUGAAUAAUGGGACUGCGAUUGAUUGCUCUGAUUCAGGGAUGCCUGCUUGUGCAGUGGGGACUCUGGGACUAGAAGAAUCACCUUGUUUUAAAAACAUCUCAUCAAUUAACUCGCUUCACUGUGGCUUUUAACAUUUUGUAUUUUUUUUGUCAUGUGGAUUUUAUUUCUUCCAAGUAUUUUAGCGAGCAUGUGACGUUUUUAUAUUUAUUUUCUAAAGAAAAAAAAACAAGUGUGUUAGAAGCGUUCUGAUUGUGUGCCUGUUUUUACAAUGUGUUGGAUAGUUUUGUUUUUUUGUGCGUGUGCAAUAGUGAAGAGUCGACGUGACGGAGACACUUUAUAAAAACACUGCUGGGGGUUUAGCAUCUUAACAGCAGAAGAUUAUUCCAGAGAUGUAAAUUUAGAGUCCGUCAGGAAUGACUGUAUAUUAGAUUACCUGACACUUGCCCACCACUAAACGCAUCCUAACUCGCCUCAUUCCUGCUCUGCAGUACAGCUGUAGCACUAAACAGUUUUUCCUGGACUGUCUUUUAAAGAGUACAUUAACAGAAGCAUCAUCAUUGUCAAUGAGGCUGGCAUGCACCCCUCCUUCCGCAGUCAUCUUGAUCCUUCAUUAGCUAAUGUGUUACGGGAGUCUCUUGAUCACUUCCACUUUAAUAUUUUUGGCUGACUGAGGCAUAGCGAUGGCCAGACAGUUCUCAUUUAAAGAGCGAUAAAGAAGCAAAACAGAAAACGACUGUUUUAACACCAGAUUGCAGACCACACCAGUAUUUGCGUGUUCGUUAAAUAUGUUUAAUUGCUUGCUCAACAGCCAUUUGCUGUUCUCCUCUGAAGCCAAUGAGCCAUGCGUUGGCCAGCCCCAGCCCACAACCAUUACCUAAUAAUGAUGCUGUAGUGGAACUGUGCUGAAUAAAAGGGGGGGGGGGAAUGCAUCGCUCCACGGGCGCGUGCCCAGCAGGCUGGUGUGAUCCAUGCGUUUCUGCCAUACAUAGUUUAGACCCACAUCUUCCGACGUUAAGCUUAACUACAACAAGUGCUUGUCGUCCUGUGUGGUGUUGGGUAUAUUAAAGGGAAGAACUCUGCUCAAAACGGUUCUACAUUCACAAUUGAUACAGUAUAAAGCUACGUAUGGUUAGAUAUUGUCAAAUGCAUUACCUAUAUAGCUGUAUUUUUGACACUGCUUUCUAGAAAGGCACCGAUUUUCACCAUCCUUAAAGACGCUAAACUUAGAAAACUAGACCUGUACCCAUUGCUUUGCUUCAGUGGGACAGACUUGCGGAGUGUAGCAUGUGUGCUCUAUACUAUGCUGUAUUUCAGGUCACCUGAGUUUCCUAUUUUUUCUAAGUAGUUACAGUCCUAGUCAUAUGAGGAAUUACAUUUUCUCUUUCUGUUUUAAAUGUGCAAUGCUUAUUCGACAAUAUUUCCAAAGUGGUUAAGGUCUACCAGAGAUACAAGAUGGCAGGUAAAGAAGUACUUGGAAUAUUUCAAUGUUAGCUUCAGCUUCUUAAUUCAGCCUGAGCAUUAAUUAAACACGUGUUAUGAAUUUGUGGCGUGCGUGUCAGAACAUGUGUGCGUGUUUUUUUUUGUUUUUUUUUUCAUGUAAUUUAAAAAAUAUGGCCUACCAGUUCAAACAAAACCAGUUUACUUGAAGUGUGGUGUGAUGCUGGAGUCUUCCAAACAUGGCUUUGUAACACGAGAAUGUUUCACGAAGAGGUUGUGGUGACGUCGUUCUGUAUCUGCAAAAUGCAAUACGUUGCAAUUUGUGUUAGUGUAAUUAUUGUAAACAUGGUGCGUAUUACCCUUGCAUGAAAUCUGCAGCAUGUGCACAUAAUAAAGCAAUCCUCCUUUAAA